AUGGGCCCAGGACCUAAGAUCAAUCCCUCCACUCCGAUCUCUUGGACAGAGGCGAGCAUAGAGGCCAUUUACAAAGCCACCACAGAGGCCAGCUUCAGUGACGCUUUUGACGCGUUCUUCGCCGAGCAGGUAGAAAUCACCGUCAAUGGCAGCCAUGUCCGCCGCAGCGAUUACAAGGCAGAGAUAUGGCAGAGGAAAGCAGACCAGCUUAGCGCGGGGGUCACCUUCAAGGAUGUGGUGCAAGUUAAUGCAGACGACAACAAGGUUGUACAAGUAGGCGCGUUCUACAACGCGACGAUCACCGACCAUCUGGUCCACACCAACACAGUCACUUCCUCGUCGAACUUUACCGUCGAACAGGGCGAACUUGUGGUCUUCUCUGGCGAAUCAGAGAGAUCGCGAAGGGUAGUUGCCCUCAAUGAAACACAGUUGUACGUCCUUGGGCGUGAGGGCUGA